AAGUUGACAAUAUUUUACCGCGAAAGAGAGGCCAACGUUUGCUCUGCAGAAGUUGUUUACAUGAUAAAAAGAAUAUCAGUUUGUUAUGCUUGUCACAAAGCGUGCAUAUUACAGGACUAAUCAUCCCAAACAGAUUCUGAGUGAAAGCAAGCUAAGAUACAAACCUAGAUUUGAACACGGGGUCAUGAUUGGAUUAUAGUAGAAAAAUGGAUCAAACAAAUUCGUCUAGGGUGUCCUCCCGGGCCCAUAAGAGGAAGUCAAACGGCAAUGGAGAUGAGGAAGAGGAGGCCGGGGGCGUCCGAAAACAAAUCCGUAAAUGUGAGCGAGCUGGAUGUCCUAGUAAAGCCCCGAUCUGUUUUGCAGGAUCUUCAGAAAAGUGUGCUGGGAAUGGCUACACAUCCCGCUGGUAUCAUGUGUCCGCUGGCGAACAUUUCUGUAACGAGUGUUUUGAACAUUACUACAGAAGCCAUAAAAGUGGAUACGAAACAUAUGCCAGCUGGAAACGGGUCUGGUGUAAAUAUGGACGUGGUGAUUCAAAUAUUCACAUCUUCAUGUGUGAUCAAGUCCUACCUUACUGGGUACAGUGCUCCGUCUGUGCCAAGUGGAGACAACUCUCUAGGGAUGCCACACUGCUGCCAGAUUUUAUGCGUAAAUAUGUGUGUGGGAUGACUGCCUCAGGUGUCAAGAAAAUGUGCCAAGAAGAAGCUUGUAGUUAUCCAGAGGACCAGCGGGUAGAUCUGACGCGGGACUUGUCCUGGGUGAGUCUGAUGCGCUGUCUCUCCUACAUGAAGAGUUCUCCAGCAUGGCCCUUCCUUACCUCGUACAUACCAAACGGAGUCGGCAUGAGUCCUAUGGACACAGAAGUCUUCCAGGAAACCAAAUCACCAGUAAUGCUGCCGUAUCUUUGUCCUUUCACUGAUGCCGACAGUACCACAGACAUGGCUUGCCGAGUUCCUGCUGAUACAUUAGAGGAAGCUGAGCUGGAUGAGUUCGUAGAAUUCUCUCAAACUCCCACCAUCUUCCUGGCUGUCAGAAACAUUUGUAUUACUCUAUGGAAUCUAAAUAUCAAAGAAUGGCUGACAAAAGAGAAAGCAGCGCCCUACUUGAUAUGUCGAGGUGUUAACAGAAUCUAUUGCGUUGAAAAUCUGGACAAAAUCUUGUGGUAUCUCACCAGAAAAGGUCUUAUCAACUUUGGUCUAGUCUCAAUACCGAAGGGAGUCCAGUUACCAAGUAUGGAAACCCUACCUAAGAAUUCGUCUGUGAUAAUUAUCGGAGCUGGUGCUGCGGGCCUGUCUGCUGCCAGACAACUCAGGAACUUUGGAGUCCAGGUGACGGUAUUGGAAGCACGUGACCGACUGGGAGGGCGUGUAUGUGAUGAUCAUACUUUAGGGAGCUGUGUCGGACGAGGAGCGCAGGUGGUGGCAGGCUGUGUGUGUAAUCCUAUCACAGUCAUGUGUUAUCAGGCUGGCUUAGGUAUGAAGGAGAUCGGCGAUGUUUGUGAUAUUAUUAGUGAAACUGGGAGAACAAUUCCAAAUGCAAUUGAUCGGCGGAUGGACUUCCACUUCAACGCUCUUCUGGACAUCAUUGCAGAAUGGCGGAGAAACAAAGACAAUGACCAGGAUGUCAAUUUGUUAGACAAAGUAAAGGAAAUGCACCGACAAUUUAAAGAGGAAUCUCAGCUAUCAUUUACACAGGAGGAAGAGAAUUUACUGAACUUCCACAUAGGAAACCUCGAAUAUGCUUGUGGAUCAAGUUUGCAGCAUGUGUCUUCGAUCAGCUGGGACCAGAAUGAAGAAUACCCCCAGUUUUCCGGACCGAACCUUCUACUCACCCAGGGAUACUCUGCUUUGCUACACAAACUUGCCGAUGGCUCAGAGAUUGUUUACGACACCGUAGUAUCUGAGAUAGACUACAGUAAUGAGAAGGUGUCUAUCCGGUCCAAGGCAGGUCAAGUCUGGCAGGCAGACAAGGUGCUGGUAACCUUACCGUUGUCCCUCCUGAAAGACGAAACCAUUACAUUCAACCCCAAACUCUCUGACAAGAAAAAGCAGGCAAUAAGGAGUCUUGGGGUUGGCUUUGUGGAGAAGGUUAUCCUGCAAUUUAACCACAAGUUCUGGAAGAAUCACCGGUCUGGUGUGUUUGGUCAUGUGACUCUUGGGUCGUCAAGUGCCAGAAUGUUUAACGUAUUUUAUGAUAUUUCACCCUCUGAUGAGAAAUGUGGCAGGUUCAUCUUAAAAACACACAUAUCUGGGGACUCUGUGUGCCACCUACGUGAGAAGACGGACAAAGACGUUGUAUCUAUGUGUAUGGUCACACUGCGAACCAUGUUCCCCACCGAGGUAGUACCAGAUCCCAUUAAAUACAUCGUGACUCAUUGGCAUGCUGACCCCUAUUCAAAAAUGGCCUACAGUUUCAUCCCAACCGGAAGUAGUGGUGAUGACUACGACCUACUGGCACAGGAAGUCGGGGAUAAAGUGUUUUUUGCAGGGGAGGCCACAAACAGGAGAUAUCCACAGUCAGUGACAGGAGCUUUUCUCAGUGGUAUCAGGGAGGCAGAGAAGAUACACAACUCUCUAGGGACAAUAAUAACAUCAUGACAGUUUCUUAUUGGUAUCAGGGAGGCCGACACACAGCUCCCUAGGGACAGUAAUGACCAGUUUCUCAGUCGUAUCAGGGAGGCCGACACACGGCUCCCUAGGGACAGUAAUGACCAGUUUCUCAGUCGUAUCAGGGAGGCCGACACACGGCUCCCUAGGGACAGUAAUGUCCAGUUUCUUAGUUGUAUUAGGGAGGUUUCAAGAUCAGUAAUGCUGACUAAGGGUUUCACAUUGUCGAAAUCUGCUACUGAAAUGAAUGUUUAGUUGAUAUCAUCAAUACAGGAAAUGAUCCCGAGUAAACAAUCAUGUACAUUGUACCCAUUAGAUGUCUACUGUGUUACAGGAAAUGAUCCGGAGUUAAGGAAAUAAAGGAAAUAAUUAGUAAUAUAAUAUGUGUAGUUAAAGUUGUAUUUAUUUCUAGUGGUUCUUGUUACACCAUGAAACAAUCGGGUAAUAUUUAUACACAACAAUCAAUUUCCACUGUACAAUAAAGAAUGGCUGUUGUCUGUGACUAGUGACUUUGGUCAGUCAUCAACUUUUUUUUUUUAAAACUACAUUAUUUGAUUUUCACUCAGAAAUGAAACCUGGAUUUGAAAUAGAUAUAUAUCAUCUGAAGGAUAUUCUCAAUGAUUUCCUGUGUCUGAUACUGAAGGUAAACAUAAGCAGUAAAAUAUCCAUUAUCGUAUUAGUCUUUCAGCUCAGAUUGAAAAGGACUAGAGACUUCAUUACAGUUUGUAUUGAGUGUAUAUGACAAUCCCUUUCCCAUGAUGAAUGAUCUAACACUAUAUUGUCAAGCAGUCACUGGUUUUUUUUCAGAUAAGGAUAUUGUCCCAAUUCACUAAGACAAUUAAGAGCUAGCUAAAACCCUGUACGUGAUACUGAGUCACAUGGCGAUGAGCCCUGUACGUGACGCUGAGUCACAUGGCGAUGAGCCCUGUACGUGACGCUGAGUCACAUGGCGAUGAGCCCUGUACGUGACGCUGAGACACAUGGCGAUGAGCCCUGUACGUGACGCUGAGUCACAUGGCGAUGAGCCCUGUACGUGACGCUGAGUCACAUGGCGUGAUGCUGAGUCACAUGGCGAUGAGCCCUGUAUGUGAUGCUGUGUCACAUGGCGAUGAGCCCUGUACGUGACGCUGAGUCACAUGGCGUGAUGCUGAGUCACAUGGCAAUGAGCCCUAUACGUGAUGCUGUGUCACAUGGCGAUGAGCCCUGUACGUGAUGCUGAGUCACAUGGCAAUGAGCCCUGUACUUGACGCUGAGUCACAUGGCAUUGAGCCCUGUACGUGACGCUGAGUCACAUGGCGUGAUGCUGAGUCACAUGGCUAGGGCCCUGUACGUGACGCUGAGUCACAUGGCGUGAUGCUGAGUCACAUGGCGAUGAGCCCUAUACAUGAUGCUGUGUCACAUGGCGUGAUGCUGUGUCACAUGGCGAUGAGCCCUGUACGUGACGUUGAGUCACAUGGCGUGAUGCUGAGUCACAUGGCGAUGAGCCCUGUACGUGACGCUGAGUCACAUGGCGAUGAGCCCUGUACGUGACGCUGAGUCACAUGGCGAUGAGCCCUGUACGUGACGCUGAGUCACAUGGCGAUGAGCCUUGUACGUGAUACUGAGUCACAUGGCGAUGAGCCCUGUACGUGACGCUGAGUCACAUGGCGAUGAGCCCUGUACGUGACGCUGAGUCACAUGGCGAUGAGCCCUGUACGUGACGUUGAGUCACAUGGCGUGAUGCUGAGUCACAUGGCGAUGAGCCCUGUACGUGAUGCUGAGUCACAUGGCGAUGAGCCCUGUACGUGACGCUGAGUCACAUGGCGAUGAGCCCUGUACGUGACGCUGAGUCACAUGGCGAUGAGCCCUGUACGUGACGCUGAGUCACAUGGCGAUGAGCCCUGUACGUGAUGCUGAGUCACAUGGCGUGAUGCUGAGUCACAUGGCGAUGAGCCCUGUACGUGACGCUGAGUCACAUGGCGAUGAGCCCUGUACGUGAUGCUGAGUCACAUGGCGUGAUGCUGAGUCACAUGGCAAUGAGCCCUGUACAUGAACCCUUGCCCUUGGCUUUUACGGUUCUUAAAUUUUGCUCUGUGCUUGGCCUUGAAAAUCCUUGAGUUUACUUUUGGCUCUAUAUGUAAUUACAGACAUGAAUAGGUGAUUCAGUGUUCUCUAUAUGUAAUUACACAGACAUGAAUAUGUGAUUCAGUGUUCCCUAUAUGUAAUUACACAGACAUGAAUAUGUGAUUCAGUGUUCCCUAUAUGUAAUUACACAGAGACAUGAAUAUGUGAUUCAGUGUUCUCUACAUGUAAUUACACAGACAUGAAUAUGUGAUUCAGUGUUCUCUAUAUGUAAUUACAGACAUGAAUAUGUGAUUCAGUGCUCCCUAUAUGUAAUUACACAGACAUGAAUAUGUGAUUCAGUGUUCCCUAUAUGUAAUUACACAGACAUGAAUAUGUGAUUCAGUGUUCCCUGUAUGUAAUUACACAGACAUGAAUAUGUGAUUCAGUGUUCCCUAUAUGUAAUUACACAGACAUGAAUAUGUGAUUCAGUAUUCUCUAUAUGUAAUUACACAGAGACAUGAAUAUGUGAUUCAGUGUUCUCUAUAUGUAAUUACAGACAUGAAUAUGUGAUUCAGUGCUCCCUAUAUGUAAUUACACAGACAUGAAUAUGUGAUUCAGUGUUCCCUAUAUGUAAUUACACAUACAUGAAUAUGUGAUUCAGUGUUCUCUAUAUGUAAUUACAGACAUGAAUAUGUGAUUCAGUGUUCUCUAUAUGUAAUUACACAGAGACAUGAAUAUGUGAUUCAGUGUUCCCUAUAUGUAAUUACACAGACAUGAAUAUGUGAUUCAGUGUUCCCUAUAUGUAAUUACACAGACAUGAAUAUGUGAUUCAGUGUUCCCUAUAUGUAAUUACACAGACAUGAAUAUGUGAUUCAGUGUUCUCUAUAUGUAAUUACACAGAGACAUGAAUAUGUGAUUCAGUGUUCCCUAUAUGUAAUUACACAGACAUGAAUAUGUGAUUCAGUGUUCCCUAUAUGUAAUUACACAGACAUGAAUAUGUGAUUCAGUGUUCUCUAUAUGUAAUUACACAGAGACAUGAAUAUGUGAUUCAGUGUUCUCUAUAUGUAAUUACACAGAGACAUGAAUAUGUGAUUCAGUGUUCCCUAUAUGUAAUUACACAGAGACAUGAAUAUGUGAUUCAGUGUUCCCUAUAUGUAAUUACACAGACAUGAAUAUGUGAUUCAGUGUUCUCUAUAUGUAAUUACACAGAGACAUGAAUAUGUGAUUCAGUGCUUCCUAUAUGUAAUUACACAGAGACAUGAAUAUGUGAUUCAGUGUUCCCUAUAUGUAAUUACAUGGACAUGAAUAUGUGAAUCAGUGCUCCCUAUAUGUAAUUACACAGACAUGAAUAUGUGAUUCAGUGUUCCCUAUAUGUAAUUACACAGACAUGAAUAUGUGUUUCAGUGUUCCCUAUAUGUAAUUACAUGGACAUGAAUAUGUGAAUCAGUGUUCUCUAUAUGUAAUUACACACAGACAUGAAUAUGUGAUUCAGUGUUCCCUAUAUGUAAUUACAUGGACAUGAAUAUGUGAAUCAGUGUUCUCUAUAUGUAAUUACACACAGACAUGAAUACGUGAAAAUGUACUUGUUCAAUCUGAAAGAACAACUCUUUGUUUGAAUCUUGGGUCCAUAUAAAUUCAAAGGUGACUGUUCCAAGAAAUUUUGUAUCGUAAAUUACAAGACUAGGCAAAUUAGUGCUAAGUCAAACAUGAGAACAUGAAAGCAUUGAAGCAUUGGACAUAGCAAACAUUUUUAAUGUAAAAUGUCUUUGAUUCAAUCUGCAUAAAAAGCUGCUUCAAUAAUCUCAAUGAAAAUAAGUUUCGCAUAACAGAUGUCACAUAUAUAUGGUUAUUAAUGACAUCUUAUAGAUGCAUAAAUGACCUUGACAUACAUUCAGGGUUAAAUAUCAUUAUGUAAAUAAGUUGUGUUGGUUUGUAAUGUUUUUUGUCUGUUAUAUUCCGUGUAGUAUCAUUUGUACAUUAAACUGAUGAAAUAAACAAGUAUUUUACAGAUA